AUGGGCGGGUCGAGGAAGCCUGCUAGUUGCCUGAUCUGCCGCCGGCGGAAAAUCAAAUGUGACCGCAGUGCGGGAUUUUGCAGGAACUGCCGCAAUCUUGGCGAGCAGUGCGUAUAUACAACGGAUGCUGGCACGGAUACCAACGUGACAGAUGAUGGACCUACAUCGAGCGAUUCUGUGACGCAGGCAGGGCUCAAGCGCCGACGGGUCCUCCGGUCUUGUUUAGAAUGCAAGCGAACAAAGUCCAAGUGCUCGGGCGGCUCGGCAUGCACCCGAUGUACUAAAAAGGGUCUGCACUGUUCUUUCUUUGAGGAGGAACCGAUCUCCCGAGAGGAGGCUUACAUUCAGGGGUCAUCGCAUGCGAUCCCGACAUGGCUGGUCAUGAGGAAUUUGCCGCCAAUCGAUCGGGUGCGAGAGCUGAUUGACAUUUACUUCGCUCAGAUCCAUACAGUCCGCUGCAUGGGCUUCUUGCAUAUUCCGACCUUCAUGGAGCGCUUCAAGGACAGAAAGACGAUCUUGACCGAGAUGCCUGGCUUGAUAUAUGUCAUGUGUGCAUUGGCUGCCCCAUUUUACUGUGCCAGGGUGAUCGCUGCUAAGGAGGAUGGUCCUAGCCCUGCUGUGCUAUUCUUCGAUGCCGGCAGGGGCUGGGCGGAGGCGGCGUUGCAAUGUAUGUUUUCGAGCUUUGGGAGUCCGCGAAUCGAGUGUCUUAUUACUGGGGUCCUGCUCCAUGAAUAUUACCUGAGAGUCGGCGAUUAUGCCAAGGGAUUCCUUAUCUCAGGCUUCAUCGCGAGACAAGUUCAACUCCUACAGCUGAACAUGGAGUACGAUGACGACGUCCUGUGUCGGAAGAGUAAGUUGUCAUGGGCUGCAAAGGAGACCAGGAGACGCGCUCUAUGGGCAUGUUAUCUCCUCGAUGCUUCCAUAGAAUGUGGCAUCAACCAGCUUUGCCUGAUACCCUCCGGCGAUAUUUACGUGCAGCUCCCCUGUUCCGAAGACCUGUUUGUGCGUAACAUCCCAUGCAAUACAGAAUUGUUGACCAGAGGCAAACUACUUCCCUUCGCUGACUCCUCAGCGGUGGGUGCGGCGGGGAAUCUCGAUCUCCGUGCAUACUACAUUAGAGCAAUGGCUAUCCGUUCCAAGAUCUUGAAAUAUGUCAAGAACUUGGAGGGGGAAAUCCCCUGGGAAGUCACUGAAAGCUCCCAGUUUCAUAAACUCGACCGUGAAAUCAGGGAGCUCGAUGCUUCCAUCCCAGACAGUCUCAAAAUGUCUUCGGAAAAUGUAUACAUCUUCAAGGCGUCUGGCCGCUUAAACUUGUUUUUUGGUGUACACAUUCUCAUUGCCCAGACAUUCAACGACCUGUACCGUAUCGGCGUAUCAAGACUGGUCUUCCCGAAUACUGCGACUAAAUGGAUACGGGAAAACGCGCCGGUGGAUUUCAUCAGACUCUGCCAUCGAACCUGCAUCAGCAAGGCCGUGUAUAUUGGAUCCUUACUAAAAGACCUCUGGAAUUGCCACAAGCUGAGCAUUGUCGACCUUCCCUACGCGGUACAUACGCAGAUAUGUAGCAGCGUCCUGGUCACCAGCCUGUCGUCAUGGAGGGAGCCCGAAUCCCCGCUCCCUCACCUGUCCCACAGCGACUACAAGGGUAUAUUGCAGACCAACGUCACAAUUCUGAAGUACCUACAGAGGUACAUCAAGGCAGACCUAUACUACGAGUCGGCUACUCAAGCGCUAAGGCACUUCAACACACGAUUCUGCCACGAAACCCCCGAACGCAGAGCAACUGGCCCCAUAAGAGAUACCAGUCCGAUAGACAGUAGCGAUCAUACUAGACCGUCCCAAUCUUUGGAGCAUAUCUUGAACCCCCUGGGUACGUAUCCCAUGGCCCGCAAGCAGGUACAACACUAUGAUCAGCAACAUGUGCGUGAUGGGACAUCAGACCAGCCGUCAGUCCCGCAGUCAGAUAUCGGGAACUCGUACCCAUCUGCCGCGGACAAUCCUGCAACUGUGGAUGGAUUCUUGGGCUUCCAGGACCAAUCCUUCUUCAGCCAAUUCCCGGACUGGGCACCCGACAUUCCAAUCAUGAGUGACAUGGGAUAUCCUACAUUUUUGGACCAGUACCCCGUCAGUAUUGGUGAUGGUACCCUGGUAAUCUAG